AUGGCGGACCUACCCCCGGGUUAUUUUGUCUCCUCUCUGCAGUACACCAAGAAGACAUUCCAGAAUGUCUACCCCCCCAUCGAUCCAACCAAUCCGGCCAACUCACUUGCGGGGAGGGUUGUCGUUAUAACUGGCGCAAGCCGUGGGCUCGUGCCAUCCUUUGCUAAAGCCGGGGUUCGCGGCCUAGUUCUCGUUGCCCGCGAUGAGGCUAAGCUGAAGGAAGUGGAGCGCGAAGUUCUCGCCAUCAACCCCAAGAUCGAGACUUUACUUGUUGCGUUGGAUAUCACGAAUCAUGCCGCAGUGGGGCAGCUCUUCGACAAGAUUCAAGCACGAUUCGGUCGCCAUGCAAAUACACUGGUCACUAACGCCGGGGUCAGUGCAGCUGCAAAUGAUGGAGGCCCGACGGUUUAUGAAGCCGAGGUUGACAAAUGGUGGAAGAACUUUGAAAUCAACACCAAGGAGUUCUUCGUCUUCACGAAAUACUUCAUCUCUACCCUUCCAUCUCCAACUACUCCUGCAACGAUUAUCAACAUCUCGACUGCGGGAGCAUGGCUUGUGUAUACCGUGGCUGGCGCUUACAGCGUCAGUAAACUCGCCAGCCAACAGUGGUGUACCAUGCUCAAUGCUGCAUACGGAGGUACACUCGCUGUUGUAAGCAUCCAUCCUGGUCUCGUACCCACGGACAUGACCAAUUCCUUUUUCGAGAAGUUUAAUAAGGAUACACCUAUGCUGACGGGAGGACUCUGUACUUGGAUCGCGGCUGAUGCAGAACGCUCGGCAUUCCUUAGCGGGAGAGUCAUCUCAGCCAACUGGGAUGUUGAAGAAUUGGUGGCUCGUAAAGCCGAUAUCGUAGCUAAGAACGAGUUGACAAUGGAAUUGGUGGGCACAUUUGGCAAGGAGCAGUUUGAGACUGCAUAA